UUUUCCCUUGUUUAGCUUGGAGAAGACUCGGACUAUGACAAACUCAGCGACAUGGUCAAAUACCUAGACUUGGAGCUGCAUUUUGGAACGCAAAAGCCCGCAAAGCCAAACCCUUUGCCUGAGUCCUUUAAAAAGAAAGACGUGGUUGAGAUUCUGUCGCACAAGAAGGCCUACAACACAGCCAUCCUGAUUGCGCACCUGAAGCUCUCCCACAUUGAACUGCGUCAGAUCCUGCUGAACAUGGAGAGUGACCGCCUAGAGCCUUCACACAUCAAGCAACUGCUGCUUUAUGCGCCCGACGCUGAGGAGGUCCAGCGUUAUCGCAGCUAUCAGGGCAACCCCAGCAAACUCAGUGAGCCGGACCAGUUUGCCCUACAGGUGGGCCUAUGA